AGCUGCGAGCUGGCUUCCCGGCUCUGCACCCCGCCAGCCCCCAAGAUCCGGAUCUGGGUGGUGGGGGGGGAGCGCAAGGCGCGGGAUGGAGGGACCCGGGCUCGCCACCGCGAUCAUCGGGGAGCAGCCCCGGGUGGCCUGGCUGUGAUCCUGCAGGCGGUGUCCCCUGGUGGAACGCAGGAGCCAGGGCGGAAUGGAACCAGGACCUGAAGACCCUUCCAGAAUGCCCGAGGAGACCUCUCCCAGGCGGACCCCGAAGAGCAUCCCCUACCAGGACCUUCCCCACCUGGUCAACGCCGACGGACAGCACCUCUUCUGCAGAUACUGGAAACCCUCGGGGACACCCAGGGCCCUUAUGUUUGUGUCCCAUGGUGCCGGGGAACACUGUGGCCGCUAUGACGAGCUGGCUCAGAUGCUGAUGGGGCUGGACAUACUGGUGUUUGCACAUGACCACGUCGGCCACGGGCAGAGCGAAGGGGAGAGGAUGGUGGUGUCUGACUUCCAUGUUUUCGUCAGGGACGUGCUACAGCACGUGGAUGGCAUGCAGAAGGACUACCCCAGCCUCCCUGUCUUCCUCCUGGGCCACUCCAUGGGAGGCGCCAUUGUGAUCCUCACAGCAGCAGAGAGGCCGGGCCACUUCUCCGGGAUGGUCCUCAUCUCACCCCUGGUUUUGGCCAAUCCCGAGUCUGCGUCGACUUUCAAGGUCCUCGCUGCGAAAGUGCUCAACCUUGUCCUGCCAAACAUGUCCCUGGGGCCCAUCGAUUCCAGCGUCCUCUCCCGGAACAAGACAGAGGUUGAGCUUUACAACUCGGACCCUCUCAUCUGCCGGGCGGGGCUGAAAGUGUGCUUUGGGAUCCAACUACUCAACGCUGUCUCGCGGGUGGAGCGAGCCCUCCCCAAGCUGACCUUGCCCUUCCUGCUGCUCCAGGGCUCCGCAGACCGCCUGUGUGACAGCAAAGGGGCCUACCUGCUCAUGGAGUCAGCCAAGAGCCAGGACAAGACUCUCAAGAUUUACGAAGGUGCCUACCACGUCCUCCACAAAGAGCUUCCGGAAGUGACCAACUCCGUCUUCCAUGAAAUCAACAUGUGGGUCUCCCAAAGGAUAACCAUGGCUGUCCCCAGAGGGGUCCCCAGAGGGUCCCCGCCCUGAAUGCACUGGCCAAGGGACCAGCUCAUGGCCUGGGGGAAGCGGGCAGAGGGAGCUCAGAGCUGGCUACUUCAGAGUGGCUUAAAAACCAACCAAUCGCCAAAUUGGAGGGACCCCUGGCGCAGUUAACUUUAAAAAAAAAUAAAUUUAUGUCAUAUAUAAGGUUACAAGGCACUGGAACUACCCUAAAGGGUAGACACUAUGCAAAAAAAAAAUAUAUAUAUAUAUAUAUAAUAAUAGUAAUAAUGAGAAAGAGAAGGGUGACAGGUAAUUCCCACAGAGGGACUCUAUUAAAUUUUUUUUUUCUUAAAUAAGCAGGGCCCCGCGUGGUGGCGCACGCCUAUAAUCCUAGCCACUCCGGAGGCUGAGGCAGGAGGAUCGCAAGUUGGAGGCCAGCCUCAGCCACUUAGCAAGGCCCUGAGCGACUCAGUGAGACCCUGUCUCUAAAAAAAAUAUAAAAAGGGCUGGGGACAGGGCUCAGGGGUUAAGUGCCCCUGGGUUCCAUCCCUGGGACCAAAAAAAAAAUAAUAAUAAUAAUAAUAAUAAUAAUUAAUUAAAUAUGCAGGGACUCUGCCCGCCUCUCCCGGCUCCUAGAGGUUCCCAGGGAUCCCUGGUGACCCAGGAAACCAGAUGCAAUAAUCGGAGAAGUGUCCACCCCUGGCCCCUACUCAAGCUCCCGCCCAGUGGCCCUCUCUGACCAGCCAUGACUCUGUGGCCUUUCUCUGGUGUGUGACGAUGUGGCCUGUGUCCCCACCCAGGCCAGCUCCUGGGGCAGACUCACGUGCCCUUCCAAGGCUCAGCAAAUGACUGGCACUUCCUCCACAUGAGCAGCCACCCGUGACCUUGCCAGCUGAUUUACAAUCCAAGGUCAAUCUUCAGGAAGCAGCAGUGUAGCCUGUGGCCUCGGAAGGUCCCUGAGCCAUGGACCGAGGCUCUUCUGCCCGCACCCCUUUCCCUCUGCCAGGGGAGGCUCGGUCCCCCUCUGAGUGCUGUAGAUAUCUAAAAAAAAAAACAAAAGGCUGCCUUAGCUCUAGGCCCAGGGGCCCACCUGUCAUCCCAGUGCCUCGGGAGGCUGAGGCAGGAGGAUCACAAGGUGGAGGCCAGCCUCAGCCAAAGCGAGGCCCUAAGCAACUCAGCGAGACCCUGUCUCUAAAUAAAAUAGAAAAAGGGCUGGGGACGGGGCUCAGGGGUUAAAGCCCCCCUGGGUUCCAUCCCUGGUACCCCUCCCCCCUCAGAAAAGAGGCUGCCUUUUUUGGGGACACUAAUGUCACCGAUGCUAUAAGAGAGAGUUGUAUUGCAGAUGAAGUAUCUAAUAUAUAAUGUCUAUUCUAAAGCAGAGACUAUCGGAAUGGGUGGCUGAGUGGCAAGGAGCAGCUGCCCCCCAGGGCCUCAUGGUCCUUCUCUGCCACCCAGAGCCACCCUGGGAAUCUCAGGGCUGGCUCCACGGCGCCCUCUGGUGGCCAGAGGAGGGAAUUACAGCGCAGUUGUUGGCCGCCCCCGCUGAGAGCUGGGACCCAGAUGCCCCCUGCCCCUGCCCAGGGCUCAGUCACGGCCUAAACGAGUGUCACCCAACGUUUCCCAGACAAGGACCGAGCCUGACCUGGGCUUCUCAGGUGCCCACCCCAGCCCUGGCCCUGCCCGUGGCCGCCCUGUGAGCCAGCAAUAACUGGGGAUCCCCCCCCCGCCCUUGGGAACUCUUUCACCUUGACCUUGGGACUUGCUGUUACCUCAAAAGUCUCGUUAGUGCGACUAGAACCAUGGGUGGGAGCUCGGCCGCUGGGGACACCCCGCGGGGUUGCGAGGGAGAAGUCGGGGUGCCCUUUGGACCCCUCUUGGGGGAGGGGAUGCUCCUCCUGCCAGGAUCCCCAAUAUGGAAGCUCAGAAUCUGGGGGGCUCGGACCCUUCUUCUUUGGGGGUGGCGGGAGUGCCCUGUCCUUCUUGGGGGGGUGGCCGGGAGGCUCCCCCUGGACCCCUGGAUGUCCUUCCAUAGAAGCCCUGACAGAGUCACCAAGGGGGGCCCACUUAUAUGUCUUGUUCAUGAGUUACUAAUAUUCCAGAGAGAAAAAAAUGACCUGAAAUGAGGGACCAUCUUGUGAACCCUGGAAGAGGGGACAGGGGACAGGGGACACGGACGUGCCUCCUCUGUGGCUCGAUCCGUGGCACAUCAGCCACAUCUGGAAGUGCCCCAUGCUGGGUGCCCCUCUGUCUCUCAAAAAUCCGGGCCAGCCUAGAACCAGGGUCACCAUCGGCAUUGACAGCUCCGUGGUGACAUUCUGGCCCUCAGGGUCCUGUCCUGGACCGCGGCAUCGAGGCACUUGGGGUUGGAAGGGAUACUGGGUCCCCCCGGGGUCCCCCAGGGCUUGGCCUUGAGGGGUGAGAGGAGGGCAGAGCCCAGGAGGGGACCCCAGGAUGCAGCUGGUCCAAACCCUGCCUGGACAUUAGGCCCAGCGCUGAUCCGGAGUGGGAUGGUCCCCAGGGCCUCCAAGUCACGGGCCUCCAUAGGGAACUGGGUUUGGGGCCUGAAAAUCUUUUUUAGGUAAAGGUCACCCUCUGCAGGUAGCAAGGCAGUGGGCAGCAGUCACCUUCUAGAAGGUUCCAGGGGCCACCACCCUCAGGACGCUCUGGACCCCCCCAGAGGUCUCUGGCCGCAUGCCACCUCCAGGCCCCACCGUCUCUCAGUAGCUUUCCUUCCUCUGGCCGCCGAUGGCCGCCAUCCAUCUAUUAGGAUCCCGGUCAUCUUCCAAGCCAUGGACGGGUAUGUCAUUGUCACCGCGGCUCAAGUCACAUCCCUCCCGUGUACUGUUAGUGGGGAACGUGGAUUGGCCUGGAACUCUUAAAGGAACCCAUGUACGCUACCGCUAACCCUAAUAAACCAGAUGUUUUCUGAA